AAAAAAAACUUUUGAGCGUGGAAAACUAGUGCUACGUCAUUGCGUCAUCAGUAUGCGACGUCGCGCUAGCCUGUGAAGGACGCCGAAAAUUGGAAUGUAAAAAAAAACAAGUGAAAAGGACGUUGGUGUGAUGGCGGUGUCAUGCUUGACCCGGGCGUUGCGCUCCUUGAGCCUCUCUUGGCCUACUGUGGUCUCAUCUCAGCAGGCAGCUCCUCAGCUGAAGCUGGGCGCUCUGGUGUCCAGCAGCGCCAGCCAGUGCAGAGGCUUCCUGACCACAGCCUCCCUGGAGCAGAACAGAACCCACUGGAAGCAGAGGGAGAAGUACAGCAUCAGGCCGAUGGGGAUGAAGAAAACUGGAGGUCGAGAUCACACAGGAAAAGUACGAGUGCACGGUAUCGGUGGCGGCCACAAACAAAAGUACCGGUGGAUUGACUUCCAGCGACUGCGUUAUGAAGACCCCACCGAGGGCCGGCCCUUUGAGGAGAGGGUGGUUGAGGUUCGGUACGACCCCUGCAGGUCGGCUGACAUCGCCUUGGUGGCAGGAGGCAACAGGAAGAGGUGGAUCAUUGCGACAGAAAACAUGGAGGCGGGAAACAUAAUUAAAACCUCGGGGGUCAUCGGGAGGAUGGCAGUGUCAGCCAAUGAGGGGGAUGCAUACCCACUGGGGGCUCUUGCUGUGGGGACGCUGGUCAACAACUUGGAGGUCCAACCAGGGAAGGGGGCAGAAUGUAUACGUGCUGCAGGAACAAGCGGCGUUUUGCUGCGGAAGGUGAACGGCACGGCGAUCGUCCAGCUUCCUUCGAAGCAGCAGGUUCAGGUGUUGGAGACCUGCAUGGUGACGGUGGGACGCGUGUCCAACGUCGACCACAACAAACGCAUCAUCGGUAAAGCCGGCCGCAACCGCUGGCUGGGCAUUCGACCGUCCAGCGGCCUGUGGCAGAGGAAGGGCGGCUGGGCGGGACGGAAGAUUAAACCGCUGCCCCCCAUGAAGAGCUACGUCAACCUGCCCCCAGUCUCUACUGUUUAACUGCAAUAAAAGUGAAUGGAAAGGAGAACGCCAAGACAUGUUCUGUGUACAGAAGAUUAAAAAUUUUAUUUAACACAAACGCUUGUCAGAGCAAUAAAAGAAAAAAA